AUGAUGAAUAGUUUUAUACAAAAAUGCAGAAAAACAAGAGACGAAAUGAAGUUAGUAGCUUCUGAAAAUGUUCAGAAAUUAAAAUGUAUUACGCGUAUCAAAAAAAAGUCAAAUGAGCCAAUUACACAAUUGGAACAGAAUAGCACAGAACAAUCCUGUGAACUGUUAGAUGAUUCUAACACUGCAGAGGCUUCGACUUCUUGUCAUACUGAAACUAUUAGUAAACAGCCAGUAUCAAGACCGACAGCGCUCGACCUAAAGAUGCUACAAGCAAAGACGCCAUUCUACUAUGAACCUAAGUCAAAAGAGGAUCGAUCUAGUUCAUCAUCGGGUUCCGAAGUUACCGAAACUACUAGUAUCUCUGGGUCAUUAUCAGACUGAGUUUAUCACUAGCACUAAUUGACAAGUCUACUAAUGUGUAAAUAGUUGAACUACCACUGAAGGCUAUUUAUUGUUACGAUUAAAUAUAUGUCAUCAUUUUACACCGAGUUUAUGUACUGAAUAUCCAAAUUAUCCAAUCUGAUUGCAAUCAUUUCCUAGCUGUUCAUUGAUGGUAAAUUGGAAAAGCUGAAAGCUUGACAUGUCAAAGAUCCCGCUUCACACUUCAAA